GUGAUGACGUCAGCCUGCCUGCCGGUCUGCGGUCCGGAGUGUCCGCGCGGUCCGAACCGGAGCAGAACCUUCUUGUGCAGGAUGAGGAUGUUCUGGCUGCUCUUCUUACUCGGACGCGGCGCUCCGAUGAUGCCAGAGAUGUACGGCAGCCUGCAGUCGCCAAACUUCCCUGAUCCGUAUCCCCGGGAGACGGAGCGGCGCUGGAACAUCAGCGUUCCACACGGGUUCUGGACCGUGCUCUACUUCAGCCACUUCCACCUGGAGCCGUCCUACCUGUGCGAGUACGACUACGUCAAGGUGGAGGCGGAUGGGGAGGUUCUGGGCUUGUUCUGUGGGGUGGAGGACACAGACACUGAGGUGGUUCCGGCCCAGCGGGUCAUCACCUCCCCCAGAACCUCUCUCAGCGUUCUGUUCGUGUCCGACUUCUCCAACGAGCAGAGCUACUCUGGCUUCAAGGCUCACUACAGCGCUGUGGACGUGGACGAGUGCAGCCUUCAGGACGACGGGGACCAGCUCUGCGAUCAUUUCUGCCACAACUACAUCGGAGGCUACUACUGCUCCUGUCGCUAUGGUUACCUGCUGCACUCCGAUAACCACACCUGCACAGUGGAAUGCAGCAGUGAUGUGUUCAGGGAACGCUUUGGAAUUCUGAGUAGCGUGGACUUCCCGGCUCCGUACCCGAAAAGCUCCGACUGCUCGUACCGCAUCGAGGUGGAGGAGGGCUUCAGGCUCCGCCUCCAGUUCGACUCUCGCUUUGACGUGGAGGAUCACCCUGACGUCAGCUGUCCCUACGACUACGUGAAGGUCGAAGCAGGAAGCGGGGAGUUCGGUCCGUUCUGUGGCGAUCGAUCACCUGGAGUUGUUCAGACCGACAGUAACAUCGUCACCGUCCGGUUCCACACUGACAACUCUGGAGAAAACCUCGGCUGGAAGCUCACGUACACCUCCGAAGGAAAUCGAUGUCCAAAGCUUGAGGCUCCGCCCAACACUUUGAUUAACCCCAUCCAAUCAGAGUACUCCUUUAAGGAUUAUGUCAUGUUCACAUGUGAGCCUGGGUACCACCUGCUAAAGGACAGGGAGGUUUUGGAUCACUACCAGCUGGACUGUGGUGCUGACGGGUCCUGGAGCAGCCUCCCUCCUCAGUGUCAGAUGGUGGAUUGUGGCACGCCCAAGGACGUCGACAUGGCCGACGUGGUGUUCGGUUACCAUGACAACAGCACGUUGUUUGGAGCGACUCUUCACUACGUCUGCAGGGAGGACGGUGUCCAGCUGGGUUCGUUCAGGUGUGGUCCGACAGGUGAGUGGGUCAAUGCCGAAGGAGGAAUCAAACUACCAAACUGUCUGCCAGCCUGUGGACGUCCGUCUCGGGCCCUCCCCUCUCAGGUGAAGCGGAUCAUAGGCGGUCGGACUGCAGAGCCGGGUCUCUUCCCCUGGCAGGUUCUACUCAGUGUAGAGGACCUGUCUCGGGUCCCUGAGGACCGCUGGUUUGGUUCCGGGGCCCUGCUGUCUGACUCCUGGGUCCUGACAGCUGCCCACAUCCUGCGGUCUCAGAGGAGGGACACCAGCGUUGUCCCGGUGGCUCCGGAGCACGUCAAGGUGUUCCUCGGACUCCACAGAGUCCAAGACAAAGACGUGUCCACCAGCUGCUCGGUGGACCGGAUCGUCCUCCAUCCUGACUUCCAGCCCAACAACUACAACAACGACAUUGCCCUGCUGAGGCUGAGCCGGAGGGCAGAGCUGAACCAGCUGGUCCGACCCGUCUGUCUGCCACCACCUGACCCACAGGGCGACCGUCCGUCACUGCUCCCCAACUCUCUGGGUGUGGUUGCUGGUUGGGGGAUCUCCAACCUCAAUGUGUCAUCCACCUCUGUGACCUCUGACCUGGGGGUGACCUCUGACCUCCUGCAGUACGUGAAGCUGCCGGUGGUCUCUCAGGACGAGUGCAAGGCGAGCUACGCCUCGCGCUCCAACAGCUACAACAUCACCGACAACAUGUUCUGCGCCGGCUUCUAUGAGGGGGGGCGGGACACCUGCCUGGGGGACAGCGGGGGGGCGUUCGUGAUGGAGGUGAGACAGAGGUGGGCGGUGUUUGGGUUGGUGUCCUGGGGAGGUCCAGAGGACUGUGGCAGUCAGAGGGUGUAUGGAGUCUACACCCGGGUGGAGAAAUACACAGAGUGGAUCCAGAACCAGAUCCAUGCUGUCCCCUGGUGGUGA